CAAUGACCGGCCUGACCCGGAGACGCUCGGGGAUGCUAGGUACGGUACUACGGGUAGAGUACUCUAUCGAGGAUGCCGUUUACAAGCGAAGCACAGAACCUGCGACUGUCUUUGGCCUCCUUGAGGCCCUCUCAUUGCAUUCGAAUGUGGUGACUAGGGGAGAGUCGAGACUACCUCAGGCCAACUCAGGCUGUGAGCGGCUCGCGAUUAGUAAAGAAGCCUCGUUACGCAGCUCAAGCGCUCAAGUACUAUGAGCUGUGGCCGCGUGGCCGCCUGCGGGCGUCAGCGCUUCAGCCUUGUUGGAGCCUUUCACCUCGUUGCCUGCAAGAUUAAGGGAUGUCAGUAUCAGACGAUCCAACGGUUCCCGCCCAAGGGCAACAAGAAAAUUCCGAAUUCUUGUUGCGCAAAAUUCUCAAUGUGCUAGAGCAGUCAACCAUUGCUAAGAAACCGCUCCCGUCGGAUGACUGGAAUGGUUUUUGGGAUGUAUACGAUCAGGAAGCAGAAGAGUUUGACAAAUCAUUCGUCGAGAAGUAUCUCUCGGAUUUGAGCAAUAGUCUACGUAUCUUUCAGGCGGGUCUUUUUUCGGCCGUCAGUGCCACUUUCUUAGGGAUAAUGCUCGCAAACCUGAGCCCCGAUCCCAGCGACACGACAAACGCCUUAUUAAUGAUGAUAUACCAUCAACUCAAUAACACUGCAUUCCCAGGGCAAGUCCCGAGCCUUCCCUCGGGGAAUGGCCCCCCUUGGAUUAUCAUCUGGACCCAGACCCUCUUGUAUGCUAGUCUCUCAACCAGUCUUCUGGCUGCUCUUGGAGCUGUCUUGGGCCAGCAGUGGCUGAGGGACUACCGAGACAAUACAUGA